ACCACUCUAGCUACCUCAGCUCCACGCAGAACUCGCCCGGUCAAUGGCUCUGACCAACGGCGACGGGGUCCAUUGACUUCCUUCCUAUAGACUUUCGCCAUUGCCAGCUCGAGCUCGUGAACGCACGCGCGCUCCACUCCACUGACAGCAAUGGAUUCCCUCGCGACGUCCACGGCCCGGAGAUGGGCGCUCUGCUCCCUCCUCUGCCUCUGCCUCUUCUCCGCGGGCCUCCUCCUCGGCUCCCGCCCCUUCUUCUUCCCCGCGCUGCUGCCGCCGCCGUGGGAGCACUUCUCCAGGCUGCAGCAGCCCGCUCCCCGUCCUCCUCCUCUUCUUUUUCAUCAUCAUCACCAUCAUCAUGCUGCUGCCUACCAUUACCACGACGACUCCAUGGCGCCAGCGCCGGACGCCGGCCCCGGAGAUCUUGGCAGGGAGGAGGAGAAGCAAGACGAGGAGCCGGCGGCGUCAGCGCCCUCUCCCCCUCGUGCUGCUGCUGCUUACCAUGACCACGACGACUCCACGGCGCCAGCGCCGGACGCCGGCUCCGGAGAUCUCCGCAGCGAGGAGGAGGAGCAAGAAGAGGAGCUGGCAGCAUCAGCGCCGGCGCCCGCGCCGGCAUCGGACGGCGACGGAGAGGGGAGGGAGUGCGACCUGUUCGACGGGAGCUGGGUGCGCGACCCGGCGAGGUACCCGCUGUACGAGGCGGCGGAGUGCCCGUUCCUCAGCGACCAGGUGACCUGCCGGAGGAACGGCCGCCCGGACGCCGGCUACGAGCAGUGGCGGUGGCAGCCGAGGGGGUGCGGCGGCGCCGUCGGGAGGAUCGACGGCUCCGGGGCGCUGGAGCAGUGCCGGAACAGGCGGCUCGUGUUCGUGGGCGACUCGCUCAACAGGAACAUGUGGGAGUCGCUGGCCUGCAUCCUCUACACGGCGCUGCCCGACCGCUCGCGGGCGCGCGUCCACCACCUCAGCUCCGAGCACAAGAUCUUCCGCGCCAUGGAUUACAAUUGCUCGGUGGAGUUCUUCUGGAGCCCGUUCCUGGUGCAGCUUGAGACCAAGCCGGACCGGACCAAGGUGCUCAAGCUGGACCAGCUCCCAGCCAUGCUUCAGCAGGUGAUCGGGGCAGACGUCCUCGUCUUCAACACCGGCCACUGGUGGACGCACACCGGCAAGCUCAGGGCCUGGGACCACCUGGAGAGAAACGGAAUGCUCGUCAAGAUGGAAGGAGAGGAGGCGUUCAGCAGAGCACUGAGGACAUGGGCGAGAUGGGUGGAUCACAACGUGGACCAGACCAGAACCAGGGUCUUCUUCCGAAGCGUCUCGCCUGAACACAAAGGUGCAAACUGGUGCUACAAUCAGACGGCCCCCAUCGCCGCGGACGAAGCAAUCGUUCCAUGGUUCCCGAAGAGCAUGGUGUCCAUCGUCGAGGGGAGCAUACGGAGCAUGAGGACGCGCGCCGCAUAUCUCAACAUCACCCGUCUUUCCGAGCUCAGGAUCGACGCGCAUCCUUCGGUAUACUCGAUCAACAGGGACGGGAAGCCUCUGACGCUGGAGCAACGGCAGCAGCCAAUCAUUUAUGCUGACUGCAGCCAUUGGUGCCUGCCAGGGUUACCUGAUACUUGGAAUGUGCUUUUGCUUGCUUCCUUGAUGAGACAUCCCUCAUCCAAUGUAAACUUGUAGCUAGGCUUGUAGGAUGAGUAAAAUGCUGUAGUUAUAAGACGCAAUCUAGCUAGGCUGGUAUACUCUGUCUGGUUCCGGUUGACUAAUGCAUGGUGGGGAAAUGAGGCUGAAA